AUGCUCCAUCUCUUCGCCCUAGUCCUGGCAGCUUGCCAGCUGAGCACCGCACUAGAAUGCAAAUGCUCACCAUCUGAACCCUGCUGGCCAUCCGACGCAGACUGGGCCUCCCUCGACGAGACAAUCUCAGGUCACCUUAUUCGCACCGUCCCCCUAGCUGCAGUAUGCUACCAAACCGAGUCGGUCUAUAACGCCGAAGCCUGCAAUGCUGUUCUCGCGAAUUGGACAAGCUCCGCGUUUCAUUCUGCUGAUCCGGCCAGUAUCGAUGACCCCAUGUGGGCGAAUAACAGCUGCAACCCCAUCUAUCCAAACGGAACCAGUCUCACAGGUAAUACCCGGGCCGGCGAGAAGGGUUGUUCAAUUGGCAGCUAUCCCCCAUAUGUUGUCAACGCAACGGAGUCUGGGCAUGUAAAAGCUGCGCUGAAGUUUGCUCGGCGGUGGAACCUGCGGCUGAAUAUCAAAAACACUGGACAUGGUUCGGAAAGAAGUACGGCUCAUGGAAGCUUAUCGAUCUGGACCCAUAACCUAAAGCAGAUCCAAUUCCAUGAGACGUUCCAGCCUCAAUCAUGCGCGACUCAAAUAGGAGUAAACGAAACUCAAAUGGCAGUCACCCUCGGCGCAGGCGUGCAAGACGGAGAGCUAUUCAAAGCGAUGUCGAAGCACGACGCCAUCGCAGUGGGCGGAACCAAUGCUGAUGUUGGUGUCGUGGGCUGGGCAACGGGUGGUGGCCAUGGCCUGGCGACCGGCAAUUACGGGAUGGGCGCUGACAAUAUCAUCGAGGCGGUCAUCGUCACGCCUGGAGGUGAAGUGGCAAUGGCUAAUGCUUGCCAAAAUGAAGAUCUCUUCUGGGCCAUCCGCGGAGGCGGUGGAGGGACAUUUGGGGUUAUUCUGAGUGUUACCCUGAAAGCGUACCCAAUGCCAUCGGUGACCCUCAUCGAUCUGUCAAUGACAGCCAAGAAUGGGACUCGUUCUUCGAGCUGGUAUAGAUUUGUUGCCCGGGCCCACGGGUACCUGGACCUCUUGCAGGAAGCCGGCGUUCAUGGGUACUAUACGAUGGGUGGAGACUCUCUGGCACUGCAGGGUGCUUUGCUCCUCUAUGACGCUACGAAUGGAACAGUGGAUGAGCUUCUUGCACCCAUGCGAAGGUUCUUUGCUGCCUCCAAUGCAACAGCUACCUCGAACCUCACGCCGGUUGCAACAUUGCCGUGGUAUGACCUGGUCAAGAUGAUGCCCGCUAUCGAAUCAGUAGGCACGAAGCAAAGCGCCAGAGCAUCGCGGUUUAUCCCUCAGAGGGUAGUCAGAGAUGAUAUUGAAUUAUUUGCUGAGACUCUAGAGGCGAUCUCCUCGGGGCCUGUGAACGAUGGAGUCUCGACUCCUUCGAUCUCUGGAACCAUGACCGGCAGCAGGACGCCCGUCGACAAUGCUCUUAACCCUGCCUGGCGAGACGCUGUUGUGCAUAUCAUCACGUCGCAAAGCUGGGACGAAUCCCUACCUCCCCCUGUGGCUGACCAGGUAGUCCAUAAUAUGACGUACCAGAAAGGUUAUGCUUUGCGACAGCUGGCGCCUGAUACAGGUGCUUACUUCAAUGAGGCCAACGCAAACGAGCCGAAUUGGCAGUGGUCCUUUUUCGGCUCUGGCUAUGCCAGACUCCAGGCGAUUAAGCAGAAGUAUGAUCCAGAGGGUCUGCUCUGGUGUCGUCAUUGUGUAGGAAGUGAGGGAUGGACGGAGCAGGAGGAUGGGAGGCUCUGCCGCGCGUUUUAA